AUGAUGCAUCAUUCUUCUUCUUCCUCCUCCUCCACCACCACAGAUUCCGUCAAUGGCUUCUACAACUUUCUCACUCACAGUCUUGACGAUCUUUACGGCGAAAAAUGGCUUGAUGAGUAUAUGGAUGAGAGUGAACGCCUUUGGGAAGUAUGUCAUGUCUUAAAGUCAUGCAUUUCAAACAUGGAAAACUAUUGUUCCAUGGGGGUGAACAUGCCUUCUAUCCUUGAAAACAUUGACUCCAAUCCACAACUCGCACGUGAGGUGUCUAGAGCGAUCAACCGUUGCCAAAGGGAGAGAGUUAGAUUGGAGGAAGAAAACAAGAGCUUAAUAGAGACAAGAAUUAAACCAUUAAUGAUGCAAUUCGAUGAAAGUGUAUUAAUCCAAUCAAAGUUUAAUGGGUUCAAUGGCUUUAGAGGAGCACUAUAUGCAUUAAAAAACAUAAGCUCAUUACUUUUUAAGAUCAUGGUUAAUGGCCUAGCUUAUUGCUCCAAUGAUUCAAGUUUUUCCUCUUUGUCCAACAUGAAUACCACUUGUUAUAAUGUAAAUCAUACGGUUUCUGAGACAAGUUUUAUGGUCUCGGCAACAAGAUUGAUGGAGAGAGUGAAGGAUUGCGGAGAGGGGCAAAAUGGUAUUUUACUAUAUGAGUUUCGCAAUACGGGAUAUGCCAUGGAUGAGUUGCAAACAAAGUUGGAUAGAGUUAUAGGGUGUGAAAUGGGAUUUGAUAUAAGUGAGAGGGUUGAAAAUUUAAAGAGUUGUGUUGGAGGGUUGCAAUAUGGAAUUGAGAAUAUGAUUGUGCAACUUGAUGAUUUUUUUGAUGAAAUUGUUGAAAGUAGGAAGAAACUCUCAGAUUUAUGUAUUCAUACCUCAGAUGUUUAG